ACGUAAAACCACAACCCACCAUGACCUUUCACCUUUGACUAUGUUGGUUCGCAGCAGUAUGGACGGACGACAUAACCCACCUUGUAACAGAACAGGUCGAAAGAGUUUAACAACAAAGCAGCUCGGUUUCGUAACAAGUAAUGUGGAGUCGGAAGGUGAACUUGAGUUACAUGACCCACUAACAGUUGUGAUGGCAGUUGGAGGGCUGAUGACUGCAGAUAUGUUGCUUUAGGGCCUCAGCGCUGCCCUAGCCGGCACCAUGCAUCAGAAAGGUGCAAUCCAAAUUAUUGAAUGGGAGGACCUGGACAAGAGGAAGUUCUACUCCCUGGGUGUGUUCAUGACUUUGACCACCAGGGCCACCGUCUACCCGGCCAGCCUUAUCCGCACUCUGCUCCAGGUGCAGAAGGGGAAGGCCCUCUACUCCGGCACAUUUGAUGCUUUCUGUAAGAUCCUGCGAGCGGAGGGUGUGCGAGGCCUCUACCGUGGCUUUAUGGUCAAUACGUUCACCCUGAUCUCAGGACAGGCUUAUAUCACCACCUAUGAACUGGUGCGCAAUUAUGUGUCCCACUACUCGCCCAGUAACACGGUAAAGUCGGUGGUGGCUGGAGGCGCAGCUUCUCUGGUGGCCCAGACCAUCACUGUACCCAUAGAUGUGGUGUCCCAGCAACUGAUGAUGCAAGGACAGGGGGAACACCUGACUCGUUUCAAGACCAAACCAAAAAGGGUGCUCGCAACAACUAAGCGCAGACUGACGUUUGGGCAAAGCCGUGACAUUACGGUGCAGAUAUUCGCAGCCGAUGGUUUCAGGGGAUUUUACAGAGGCUACGUGGCAUCCCUACUCACGUACAUCCCAAACAGUGCACUCUGGUGGCCUUUUUAUCAUUUUUAUGCAGAGCAGCUAUCCUUGUUGGCACCAAGCGAGUGCCCCCAUCUGAUUCUGCAGGCUUUGGCAGGACCAAUGGCAGCAGCAACCGCCUCCACCAUCACCAACCCCAUGGAUGUUGUUCGAGCCAGAGUACAGGUGGAGGGCCGAUCAUCUGUUGUGGAGACGUUCAAGCAGCUGCUGGCAGAGGAGGGGGUGUGGGGGAUGACCAAGGGGUUGUCGGCCCGCAUCGUUUCCUCCACACACACGUCGGUCCUCAUCGUGGUUGGAUACGAGACUCUGAAGAGACUAAGCCUGCGAGCUGAGCUCGUAGAGUCCAGACACUGGUGAUAGGACAGUGGGAACCAGGACAGCCUCGUACC